GGUCGUAUUCGACAAAAGGCGAAAAAAAUAAAAUAAAAUACGGGUCAAAUCCUCCUUUCAGGAAUCCUCGCUCGGAUCCCCCAGGCCCCAGCAGCGGACAGCACCAGCCUCCGUCCCCCCGCGGCCGGAUUCCGCCCCGCAUCCGGCGCCGGCCUCCUCCCCUCUCCUACACCAUGAUGGACCUGGAUCCCCGCCUCUACGAGAACGUCUCUGUCAGUGAUAACGAUGUUCGCAACAUAGUACUAUCAUAUCUUAUGCACAACUGUUUUAAGGAGACGGCAGAGACAUUCCUAUCCAGCACUGGGUUGAAAUUACCUGUUGAUUAUAGUUUGGAUGUGGAUAAGCGUAAAGAGAUUUUUAAUUUUGUGUUAGAAGGGAAUGCACUGAAGGCCAAAGAGCUCACAGAAGAGCUGGCAGCUAACUUGCUGGAAAAUGAUAUGGAUUUACAUUUUGAUCUUUUAAGUCUUCACUUCAUUGAGCUAGUUCGUUCCAGAAAAUGCACAGAAGCUCUUGAGUUUGGUCAGAAAAAGUUGACAUCAUUUGGGAAAGUUCCCAAGUAUGUUGAGAAACUAGAGGACUUUAUGGCCCUCCUAGCAUAUGAAGAGCCUGAGAAGUCACCUAUGUUUCAUCUACUAAGCCCAGAGUACAGGCAGAAUGUUGCAGAUAGCUUGAAUCGAGCCAUCCUUGCACAUGCUAAUCUGCCUGCAUAUUCAUCAUUGGAGAGAGUGGUACAGCAAGCAACUGUGGUUCGACAAUACCUACAGCAGGAAGUUGGCCAGGAUUCUUACCCACCAUUUUCUUUGAAGGCCUUUCUGAGCAAGUAAGGUGCAAUCGGUGCAACCGGUAAAUUCUUCAGAAAGGCUAUCACCUUCCAGGCCAUUGGGCACCUCUACCCUUAAAGAGUGCAUAAACGAUGAUGCAGUUUAUAUACAAUUCAGAGAGACACCUUCUGCAUUAAGUUGACACAAUGUCUGCAGUUGAAGUGGUGUACUUUGAACUAGGGAUGUUGCAUGUGUUCUGUUCCCUUGGUUUAUAUACUGUUUCCUUUCCCCUCUUAGACAUAGCUAAAGCUCUUGGAGUACAUAUGACCCACCUUGAGCUAUUCUGUGUAUCCGUUCCGUGAGCUUAGUUUGAGCCAGUUUGUUGUGCACUAUGUGCCUGAUGCAAAUGAUGCAGGCCAAGCCAUUGUGGUCGGGCCUCCAUUCCUCAUGAAAUUUUUAUAUCAAA